UUGUGUAGAGCCUUUAAACGAAGAAGAGAAGUGUAAACAAAAAGAAUGUGCUCAUUGGGAAGAGUGGGGACUGUGGGGAGAUUGUAAAGUUGAAAAAUGUGGAGAACAAGGACAAAGAACAAGGCAUAGAAAUUGUUCGGUCGAAGAUUAUAAAGGAAAUUCCUCAAUGGGAUGUGCUGGCGAAUCUUUUCAGAACGAAACUUGUAUUAGCGACAUAAACAGCAUUACAAGUUUAGACUGUCCAAUUAAAGGAGGAGAAGCUUCUGUUGAUGGACAAUGGGGAAAAUGGCAUCCAUGUUCUGUUAGUUGUGGAAUUGGUUUUCAAUUUAGAGAACGUAUGUGUGGGGACAAGCCUUGUCCUGGAGGGGGAAAACAAGCUAGAACAUGUCAUGCACAGGUAGAUAGAUUAUUUUUCGCCUCUUCAAUUAUGUCUAAAAAUAAUUAUUUUAAAACAAAAAAGGAUUGUUCUCGUGUUUUGAAUGCUCCUGUUUGGAGUGAUUGGUCUCUUUGGUCUGCCUGUUCCCAUUCUUGUGGGCAAGGAUUACAACAACGCUACCGUCGCUGUUUAAACGGCAUUUGUCCCAAUAAAGAGCCUCUAACUGAGAGUAAACGCUGUUGGACAAAUUGGUCUUCAUGGACUUUUUGUUCAACUUGUAGUGUUUUCGAAACACGGAAAAGGCAUAGAAAGUGUGUUGUUCAAGUAGCAAAGACUGAAGAAAAUGAAGAUUGGGGUGAAAGGGAAUUAGGGAAUGAAGCUUGUAAUGGUGCCCCAAUAGAAUUUGAUACUUGUGAACGUUCCUGUAUUCGUGAAGGAGGGUUGAUUAAUGGGACACUAGAUGAUGAUCAAAAAGUUGAAAGAAGAUUCUCUCAAACGACAUCUCCUCUCGAAAACCGUCAUUGGACUGACUGGGGUGAAUGGAGUGCUUGUUCUGUCAGUUGUGGAUAUAAUGGACGUCAAAGUAGAACACGCAAAUGUAAAUAUAAUUUAGUAUUUCUUUGUGACGAGGAUGUUUCACGUGAAGAAAGAGAUUGUGAACCUAAACCUCCUGAAUGUAUUAAGGAGGAAGAUUUAGUCCUUCAAAAAAGGCAAAUUCUCUAUCCAAUUUGGUCAGAAUGGAGUGAUUGGUCUGCUUGUUCUUGCUUCUCUUUAACAAGCUACAGGCGGCGUUUCUGUAGAAUACAUGACCCACAACUUAAGGGUUUCUGUCCCGGUUCAAUAAUAGAGCAACGCCCAUGUACACUUUCAAAUAACGAUGACCCUAUGCAGUGUGCUGCUAUAGUUGGAGGAUGGUCUUCUUGGUCAGAAUGGUCUCAAUGCUCGCAAGAUUGUGGCCAAAAAGGUCAUCGUGUUAGGAACAGAAUGUGUGCCAAUCCCUUACCUUCAAACCGAGGUGCUUAUUGUGUUGGCUUUUCUUUUGACCAAACUCCUUGUGAUCCUCCUAAAGCAAAAUGUCAGGGUCCCCAAAUUGAUGGAAAUUGGAGUGCUUGGAGUAAAUGGUCACAAUGUUCUAAUCCCUGCAUUAAUGGGCAGCGUUCUAGAGCUAGGUAUUGCUCAAAUCCUAGACCAAAGAAUGGUGGAAGAAAUUGUUCAGGCAGUGAUUUCGAGUUACAAGCAUGUUCUGAGCCUACAAUUUGUGGUCUAUGUGAGUAAAAUAAAUUUUAUGCACAUUUCUUAUUCUCACAGCACUAAAUAAUACCUCACUUUUUAACAACUCACUUUCAUCCACCUCACUAAUUCCACAAUGGUCUUCUUGGUCAGCCUGGUCAAAUUGCAGUUCAGAAAGUUGUGGUUUUGCUCUUCGUAGAAGAAAUAGGCAAUGUAUUUUGUUGGAGGAUGAAAAGUUACUUUAUUGUGAGGGUAUAGC